UUACACGUGUGUACCUGAAGUAGCGGCCCACGCUCCCGCCAAGUCCGCGUGCCGGCAGUCCGGGAUCGACGCUGGGGUCAGCCAGCAAGGCUAGAUGGCCUCGACAAACGCGAAACAGCAGCGGCGUUCUUAUGGAGGCUCCUCCUCGCCCGCCUGAUCAUGCCUCGAUAACUUCCUGGCACACUCUACUGCAUAAUUGCCCCGACACUGCCUCUACCGCCACGACAGGAAGGACCUGCGCAAGAGAUACCAAGCGCAAAUGACCGCUCAGUCAUCAUAAAAAGGACUAGCAUAACGCUGUCACUGCUUUCGCAUUCUACAUCGUUAUAUCCAGUGCCUGUUUUCCUCGCUGUGAAUAUUAUCUUGAGACAAUACGGCAGUGCGAGAUUUCUCCCUUCGACCAGAGCAUCGCGAUGACGUCGUACCGUGAUCACCCCUAUGCGCAUGCGCAAAACCGCCCACGACCCCUCAUCGAGCAAAUACCAGACUACCGCGACGACCUUGACGUUUCCGACGAAGAAGACGGCUUCUACGCACGCGACGACGAUUUCCUGAUUCCGCCAAAGUUCCAGGCGGCGAUCGCACGCACAACCGACCGAAUCCCUCGGAGAAUUAAGCGCCACAGUGUCACGUAUUUCGUGAUCGCGGUUCUCUUUUUGAUAAGUUGGUGGACAUACUUUGGCCCUAGACGGACGGCAUACAAAACGGAGUUGCAUCUCAUGGAUAGCGCGCCGACGAUGAGCUACGGCAGCAGUGUGCGGCCAGAGUUCAAGGGCAUGAUCCAGGUCAGCGACAUGGACGAGCAGCAUCUGCCUAAGAAGCACAGCAGGCUCGUGUUCGUCGGCGAUGUCCAUGGCUGCAGAAAGGAACUGGAGCAUCUCCUCAAGAAGAUCGACUUCAACCACAAGCACGACCACCUCGUCAUGACCGGCGACAUGAUAGCCAAGGGCCCGGACUCGCCAGGCGUCAUCAAGCUCGCCCAAAAGAUCGGUGCUUCCUGCGUACGCGGAAACUGGGAAGACAAGCUCCUGCUCUCCAUCGCCGACGCGCAAGAUCGUCAUGUCCUCAAAUUCACCCCCGACGACUCCCCCGACGCAAAGAUCGACUUUGUAGACGAAGUCAGCCAAUCGCACGGAGAUUACAAGCUGCGUAAGCUAGCGAAACAGUUUACCAAAAAAGAAAUCGAAUACCUCCGACAAUGCCCCGUCAUCCUACGCGUCGGCAGCGUCCCGACGCUAGGCAAUCUUGUAACCGUACACGCCGGCCUCGUUCCCGACACCCCACUCGAACACCAAGACCCCUUCCACGUUAUGAAUAUGCGGACUAUCGAUCUUAAGACGAGAAUACCGAGUAGCAAACAUGCGGGCACCCCUUGGGAGAAGUUCUGGAAUCAUCGCCAGGAGAAGCUGAAGCAGGAGGAUCGGGCGACGGUGGUUUACGGACACAACAGGAAGAAGGGUCUCAAUAUACAUGAGUAUUCUUAUGGUCUGGAUACGGGAUGUGUUAGUGGGGGCAAGCUGACAGCGCUUGUUGUUGAUGGAGACGGCAAGACCGAGUUGGUGCAUGUCAAAUGCGGCAAGGAGAGCGGUUAUGCUAGUGAUUAAGGGGACCAUGGUCUCUAAGAUUGGAUAUAUGGGCGUUUGGGAAUUAUAGAGUAUCCGUUAGGCAUUUUAGGAGUUGGUGUUGGAUGCACCGUUGCCUGCACAUACUUCUGUCGGCUUAGCGUUAGCGUAG